AUGUUUGAGACUAAGAGAAUAGUCAACUUUAUUUACAAAGAAAUAAAAGAGCGUGAAGAAAUUGUUACCCAUAUCCAAUCGAUUGCUCUUUGGCACAAACCAAUUGUUUCGGCCAUUUCCCUUUUAAUUCUCGAAAUUAUCUUUGCUAUCUUCUACUUCAUCAAAGCCAGACAAAUCACAGUUAUUCUUUCAAUCAUUGCUACAUUUGCACUUCUCAACAUUGCUAGAAAUAAUUUCCCAGCAUUUUUCAAUAAAAUCUUCUCUUUCCAAAUUCCUCAACAAGAAGAAAAUGCAUCAAACAGAAUAAGAUCUCCAUCAGAACUUUCAGCGUACUUCACUACAUUGUUAUCAUUCUUCUUUGACGUUGUCGGCUUCAUCUUUCUUGAUCCAGAAGCAACAUCAAUUAUCCGCUUAUCAAUCAGUGGAUUUUUACUCCUCGUAUCUACAGUAUUCUGCUAUUUACUUGGCGAUUUCUGGAUAAUUUAUAUUGUUUUCCACAUUUUGUUUGUCAUUCCAGGAAUUUUACUUCAUCCAAAAGUUUACACAAUUCUUUUCAGCAAUGAAGAAGAACCAGAUGGAAAUUCAGCUCAAGUUCCACCAAAUCAGAUCUUCCCACCUUCUGGUGGCAUUAAGACACCACAGACAAUCGACAUGUCUGAGCAUGUUGAUACAAUAGAUACAACUCUGUCUGAAGCUCCUGAAAAAACAGAAGAUGAAGGUAAAAUUGAAAACCAAUAA